AAGUGGCUUUUCGCGCAUGCUAUAUAAUGUCCUCGACCAAGCGAGUUUGAAUGAUCCAGUUGAUUUUCUUCAACUUCGUCGUCCUAUUCUUGAUCUUUUUGAGCCUGAAAGAAAACGAAAUCACUAGACAGGAAAGAAAUGACAGACAUUAAUAACAGUGACGAGAAGGAUGAGUUUGUCCUUGAACAUCUAGAGGCAGUGAAGCCGGAUGCUAAUGUGGCUUUUCAUCAUGGCCAAAUUGCUCCUGAAGCAAUCGGAGGACUUUAUAACGAGAUGCCAAAGGGCUAUUACUGGAGCAAAGAUUUCUUAGGAACAUUAAUCGCGACAUGUCUUGCCCAGAUCAGCGGAUACCUCGGCUGGGUCCUACCAGCUAACACUCUCAGUCUCAUCAAUGAGUCUCUUGGAGGAUCUCCAAAUAUAAAUUGGGUUGCACUUGCGUGGACUCUCGGUUUCACAGUGGGACUCUCCCUUGUUGGGAGAUUGAGUGACAUAUUCGGACGCCGCUGGUUUUUCAUCGGUUCUUCACUGAUGGCACUUGUCGGGAACAUCAUAGGAGCAUCAGCCCAAUCCGUUAACCAACUCAUCGGAACAAAUUGUCUCAACGGUCUGGCUGCAGCCGGCCAACUUUCCUUCAAUGUCGUAAUUGGCGAACUCGUACCAAACAAGCUUCGUGGACCCUUUAACGCAUUGGUAUUGUCGACGUCCAUCCCGUUCGCGGUCUUCGGUCCUCCCGUAGCAAGAGCCUUCUAUGAAAAUACCGGCCUACAGUGGCGGUGGUCAUACAUUCUGGGAUGCAUCAUCAAUACCAUCGCUAUUGCAACAUACUACGUCUGCUAUUUCCCUCCGUCGUAUCGUCAGCUGCAUGUCAACGGAAAGACGAUGAUGAAACAGCUUAAGGGCCUUGAUUGGAUUGGGAUCUUCCUCUUCACUGCCGGAUUGGUACUUUUCCUGAUCGGACUCAACUGGGGAGGACAAACAUACCCCUGGAGCUCCGCCCACGUCCUCAGCACCCUCAUCAUCGGAAUCGCCACCCUCAUCGCCUUCGGAUUCUAUGAAGUUUACAGCGGCCACGAAUACCCACUGAUCCCAAUGCACCUCUUCAACAACAUAAAGUACGAUGCCAUCGUCGCAUGUGCUUCUAUAGCUGCUAUGGUCUACUAUUCCAUGACCGUGGUCUGGCCUACUUUGGUCGGCGCACUCUUCACCACCAGCGUCCAAGAUAUCGGAUGGCUGUCAUGCGCAGUAGGCGGAGGCCUACUGUUGGGUCAAAUAGCUGCUGGUUUGGGAAUUCGGUAUAUCCCAAGGAUGAAGCUCCAGAUGACUGUCGCGGCAGUGGUUAUGGUGACAUUCGUUGCUGCACUUGCUUCUGUGGACGAGUACUCCCGCACUAGGACUGUUGUCUUCCUUAUUAUUGGGACUGCAGCUGCUGGAUACAUCGAGAACCUGACACUGUCGUCAAUGGCGCUUGUUUGGGAGCCAGAGGAUAUCGGAUUGGUUGCUGGUGUGUUGGGAAGUAUAAGGACGGCUUGCUCAUCGGUUGCCACUUCUCUAUACCUUAGCAUUCUGUCCAAUCAGUUUGCAAAGCACUUACCUCGCUAUGUCACCCCUGCCGCGACAGAAGCUGGACUUCCAACCUCGUCCCUCGAAGAUUUGUUUGCUGGCAUCACAGCGGGAUCGUUUAGUAAAGUGGAAGGAAUCACACCAGCUAUCGAGGAAGCCGUUGGCCAUGCGGUCAAGCGUGCAUAUUCGAUGUCUUUUAGGACAGUAUUUCUGUGCACUUUGCCGUUUGGGGCGAUUAUUUUGGUGGCUGCGAUUAUAAGCCCGAAUGUUGAGGAUUACUUGACAGAUGAUGUCGCAAGAAGAUUGCAGGGGAAGGCUGUUGCUGCUGUCCCUAACAGCCAAGUAAUGACUGAGAAGGAUACUAAUCCUGCAGAGUAA